UUGGUUAAAUGGAAUCAAUUACAUACAGUAAUGGCAAAGUUCUUGGUUUAGGUUUGUAGCAGUGAUAGAAUAAACUGCAGGUUCAAAUCAAGUCUCUAGAGUCCAUCCCCAGCUGGGAUGGGUCAUCAGUCCUUUGUGUAGAGCUUCCAUUAGUAGCAAAGUCCCUCCAGAGGUAAGAAGCAGGAUUGAAGACAAGAUGGAGAUGAGGCAUCAGCCUUUUAUAGUCUUUUCCAGGUGUAAGAACACCUCUUUGUUCUUACUGUGAAAAUUACAGCAAAAUGGAGUCUGGAGUCACAUGGGCAAGUCCCUGCAUACUUUGCUGAGUCACAAGGCAUCUCUGCCUUCUCUCAAUGGGUCAGUUGUAUAGCUGAUGGUCCUCAAUGGGCCAUCAAGCAGGCUAGGCAAAGCAAACACCAACUUGUCUGGGGUAUCACCCAGAAGCAUAGCAUAAGUUUGAAAUACAGACAGUAUAGAGCCAAUAUUCAUAACUUCAACUAAAAAAUGAUACACAUAUAUAGACACCAUAAUCAUAACCAGCAAACCAUAACCUUGUGUUAGACACCUUAUUUGACCUCCUUUAUACCAGAUUUGGUGCCACUAUAGGACCUUGGUUGCAACAAUGAUCUAUAAGGACCCAGUUUAUGUCAAUAAUGUCACAGGUGUGAAGGUGGCUUAAAGCCACCCGCUCCUCCCAAGCUCUGUGUAAGCUUGUCUCUCUCACCACCAGAAGUUGGUCCAAUAAAAUAUAUUACCUCACCCACCUUGUCUCUCUCAUAUCAUGGGACCGAUACAGCUACAACAGCACUGCCACCUUUACUCAUGUAUGCAAUCUGGUCCCCCGACACUGGCCUCAUGUUAUGAAACCACAAAUAGUUUUGUCCAGUUUGCUUUUGUCUCGACUUGAUGUGCUGGUAGUUCAGUAUACGGUAUGCAAGUCAUAUAAGUCUGGAGAUAAGUUGUUUAGAUUGUAGACAGGCACUACAAACUUAGCAACCAGGCUACAUGGUCUGUACUCAGAGCUAGUCAUAAGAGCAUUCUAGCAACACACAGGGCUGGGCUUAGUGACGCUUUGAGGCAAAGGCUAGCAACAUUUAAGAAAGAAGUGACAAUUUCAAGCUGAGCAACAUUGCAGUGACCGUGACCUAUCCCCAGCACAAGGGAUUGCAAUAAGAAAUAGCAAAGGAAGCUGUGCUUGGAAUAUCUGUGUUGCCCUUAGUCAUUCAUUUGAGCCUGGGAAUUUUUUUUUUUAAUAUGUAUAUUGUCUUCUAUUGUCACCCACUCAUACUGAGGAGACUUUUUAAUGGAAUGCUUCUUUGAAGAUCCUUAAGGACAAAAAUAACUGAAAAUAAAAGCUGUCUCCCUAGUUUAGCUGUGUAAUCCACAUCUACCUACCUAUUACUUUGAAAAUUUGCCACAAUGACAGACUCUUCCAUGGUAGAUCACAUGGCCCGACUGAAACUCAAGCUCCUGGAGAAGGGCACUUACCCACAGAGAGGAACAUGGAAGGGAUCUACACAAGGCUGAAACUAGAAAAUGAACGUGAGACCCUGGAGAAUGUUGAGUCACCCCUCUCCACAGCAAGGAGUAACGAUGGACAUGAGGACGCACUGCAGAAUGCGCUGAGACGAAGGAAAGACCUCCUGCAGAAGCUUAGGGAGCAGCACCUUUUGGAAGAAUUUUCACAGCCCUAUAUGUUGGCAGGAGGCCACAGAAAGAAGUACAGACCGGAGCCAGUACCUGUUUACCUGCCUUCCUCUCUGGCACCUGCACCAGAACCACCAAGGAUCAUCCAGCAGACGAUUCCUCAGCAACCUGCAACCAUCAUCCAACAGUUACCUCAGCAGCCACCUCUCAUCACACAGAUCCCACCUCCACAGCCCCUCCCCGUCCCCCGUUCUGGAAGCAUUAAGGAAGACAUGGUAGAGAUGAUGUUGAUGCAGAACGCUCAAAUGCACCAGAUCAUUAUGCAGAACAUGAUGCUGAAAGCUCUGCCACCGAUGGCGUUCUCACAGCCCAGUGGGAUCGGGUCACCCUUGCUGCAGCACACACAGCAGGAUCCCCAGUUUGCUGCUCCCGUUGUUGUGAAAGCAGAAAAACCAAGGCCAUCCACGGUGCAUCAUCACCACCAUUACCCUUCCCCAGGAGUGCAGGCCAUUCCUUCUCCGCUGCCCCCAGCUGGCUACUCCAUGUGGCCCCCUGUGAUGCCAUCCAGCCUCAUGGGACAGACUGGAGGAUUCCCAACCACUGUGCAUCACAUGACUGGCCCAACUAGCACCUUCCCUGCAAUGCACACUAACCGAUGGACUCCUCCGCAGCCUGCCCCCGGGUUUGUAGACUCCUCAAGCCAGUAGCAAAGGUGGCUAGAGAGUGGACACGGUCUGUAUGCGUCACCCAUGCACGUGGCACAUAGCAUCACUGGAGACGACUUUCUCUAGAGAGUUCCUGAAGGAUUCUGGCUGACAGGAAUCUGCUGUAUAAAUAGUCACAUGCCAUUAGAGGAGCUGACAACCAAGGGAGAGGUGGCAGAACUAUGUAAUAAACUGGAAAUGCAAAAAACCAUAUUGUUACCUCUUCUGGAUCAGGCAAUUAGCCAAAACUUUGGGGCGCUGAGGCUGUUUCCACUAGAAGGAGAAAUUGAUGAUAAUCAGCUAUUUCUUUGAUGCAACCCUGGUUAUUUAGGAAGAAUGUAAACAAAGUCCUAUUUCCUUGAACACAAGAGGAAGCAAACAACAAGAGACAGUUUCUUUGCUCACAAUUCCAAGCUUCUAUGAGCUAGCACUUGACCCCAAAGCUCUUAGGGCUUGUCUACACGGCAGUCAGGAGCUGUGAUUGCAGCAAGUGUAGAUAACCAAACUUGUUUUGAUGUUGCUGGCACGAAUAACAAUAGCAAUGAAGCUGCAGCAGAGAGGAGAUGGCAGCCACUCAAGUGUGCACCCAGUGUCCUGGCUG